CCUGUCUACCAAAUUUCAUCCCGAAGUCCCACGGACACCCAAAAGCCUCUCCUUUGUAAGUUUAUAAACUUUUUUUCGAUCAUAGGUCACCCCAACUUUUUUCUUUCAACCUGGGACGUCCCUGAUAUUCAAUAAGUAAUGCAAAUUAAUUUUCGAUCUAUUUUGAAAUUUAUUUUUGUUGAUUUUUUGACUUUAGAGUUUUUUUUUAUUUUUCUGCUUAAGAUUCUAAUUAUUAGAAAUUUGGAAAAAAAAUUUUUUUUAUUUUUCGGAGUCUCUUAUUCCUCCCCAAAAAACACCUCCAAAAUGGAUAAACGACAAAAAAGCUCUUUCCUUAAUGGAAAUUUUUUUUUGUUUAUCAAUUCUGGACUGGAUUUUUUUGUGGAGGAAUGGGAGGCUUCAAUCCAAAAAAAUUUUUUUCUGUCAAAUUUUUUUAAUUUAAGGAUUCCUUAAUCAUCGAUUUAUCCAAAUGUGUUGGCUACGUUUAUCUCAAAAGAUUGUUAGAAUUAAUUGUCAAAUACUCUUUUAACGCCAUCAAGGAAAUUCAUUUAAUUUCUUUAAAAGAUGUCGAUUUUGAUAAAUUCAUGGGAACACUUUUAAUACUUGAAGGUGUUGUUAACGUCAUCAGUUUACCUUACGAAUUUG